GGGUCUCAAAAUCAAGCACAAAUUUGACAGCGUCCUCCUCUGCAUCUUGCUCCUCGACGUCCACUUUCUUGCUCGCUCUUCUUGCUCAAGACUCUGCACUGAUCCGGAUUACAUGCUCCUAUUCUUGCUGUAAGUUUCACUCAAUAUUCCUCUAGACCUGCGCAGAAUGUCGUUCUUCAAAUUCAAUCGGGACGGUUAUGUUGUCCGAGUUGAGAACGUUGCCUCAUCAGUGAGCUCUCAGGAGAUAGUCGAACUAUUCGGUAGCUUGAUUGGUGAUGUCUGCAAAUGCAGCGGCUUCGUCGGUGAAGGCAAUCGGCGGUUUUUGGACCUAACAUUUUCUUCACAAGACGUAUCCAAAAAAGCUUUAUGCAUGUCGGGCUAUAAUGUAGCCGGCGUGCCUUUAUCCGUGACCGCCAUGCAACCCAUGGAAUCCAACCGGGUGUUCAAACAGGGUAAGCAGCCCGACAUGCGCAGGAACCUAUAUGUUCUAGGGCUUCCCUUCGAUUUGACAAAAGCCGAAUUCGUGGAGAUCUUCUCGCGAUAUGGCACUGUUUCACAUGCCGUCAUUCUUGCUACUGUCGAUAACGCUUCGCGUAGGCGUGGCUUCGUUGUGAUGAGUACUUACAAUGAGGCACGGUGUGCCAUGGAUGCCUUGAGCCGCAAGGAAAUCAAAGGUCACACAAUUGACGUGUCGUGGGCUGUUGUUCAACGUUCACAAGGCUUUCUUGACGGCGGUGAUCGCACCGUCAUGCUCUCCAAUCAGCCUAAUUCACCUUCACCUGUCUUACCUUCCUUCGAGUCUGAACAGAUGGUUUCCACUCCAUCUUCUUGCGUUUCUACUCCUGCUAUAGCGACCCCCCUCAUAGAUCAGUCAAUCCCUUUGCCUGCUUCCGAUCAUCUCUCUGCCACCACCUCUUUGCUCGUCACCAACCUGCCUGCUACUCUUUUCUCGACCAAUUCGGACUUAUAUCCCCUCUUCUGUCCUUUCGGUGAAGUUAAACACAUCAAGAUCUUGGGCUCCAAUCCUUCCUCGCUGGCUCAAGGCACCGUAUCGGUUCUCGUCGAGUACACUUCCUUUGAGGCUGCAAGAGACGCUCGCGAUUCGCUUCGCGGUCAAGUUUAUGCAAGUCAGCCGGUCAGAGUGGACUUCUGGGGAUCCAAUACUUCGACGCCCACAGGGAUAGACCAAUGGAACCGUGGGUCUUCAUUAGACAUGAAGGCGCGUCUUAAUCCCCACGCCCCCCCAUUCAUGAUAAAUCCUGGCUCCAUCAACGGUCACACACUCGAAGCUCCCUCCCCGUUUUUACGUCAAAAAGAUCUGAACUUGUACGAGAAUGGAUCCCAUGGUUGGAACGCGCUUCAGUCUGCUCCCUUGACGCCCAUUCCUACGCCAUACAAUAACUGCUUGCUUCCUCCACCGGUCACAAACCGCCCUAGCUCUGCUCCCUCUCGAUACGUCGGUCCUGCCAUGACAUGCCCUCAAGAUGAACAGGUGGACUACAUUGGUUGGAAUGAUCAAGCUCGUAUUGCUCGCGCUAUGCCUUGGUCCUCUUCUUCUCACGACCUUCCGAACCUUUCUACGCCAUCGCUGCGUUCACCAUACCUUGUUUAAAUAUUCUCUCCUGAUCGUGCCUCGCCUCUAGCCAAAACUCUUCCAAUCGCAUCACUCAAGAUUCUCCGCUUCCGCUUAAGCUCAAGAUACCGCACCAUUCUCGAUACCCAGCAUCAACUCCAUUGUUCUUCAUUAUACUUCAAUCCCUCACGACCCUUAUCCUAUUCACCCUUUUAAUUAUUCUUUUGUUUCUUGAUGCUUCGCUUCAUGGUUCAGAUUCGCGAAACCUAUGUUCUGUAUAAUCCUUAUUCAUUCCUUCCUCUUCCUUACACUCUGUCUUCGGUUUGCAAUGGAAUUCUAGUGCUAGGCUGCGUAGUUGAAUGACUGUAACAAUUCAAUGUGAUUUGUACAAUUACUUCGUUUUUCUACAGUAUGCACACGGCUUACGAAAUU